CUCGGUCCGCCAUUCGGUACGGAUGUCAUUGGGGUGAGCUCUUCAUUUUGGAGAAAAUAGUUAUUGGAAAUGGGUAAUUGUGAGAGAUGUAAGAAGGUGGUGGCCAGGGGAGAUCCCGGAAGCCUGCAGUGUGUGGAUUGUAAGCACCUUUUCCAUGGAGUGUGCUUGAAGAUCACGGAGGAACAACUCAGGGAUGGCAAUAGUGCCAUGUGGUGCUGUGAGAAUUGCAGUGCAAAGAAAAAAACGGUGUCUCGCAAGGUAUCAGUGUCAGAUGGCCAAUUCACCGAUCUUGUGUCGGAUAUGAGAGAUCUGAAGACGGAAAUGACAUCGAAUUCCAAGAAGAUGGACAACUUUCUGGAGAAAUUAGACUUUAUAAUCUCUGAACUUGGUAGCCUUCGCAGUGCAAACUCAAAGCUUGACAGCCGGAUUGAGACGUUGGAAGUUAAGAUGCGUGAUAUUACUCUCACUGAGGACUCUAAGGAGAUCGAGAUUAUGGGUUCUUUUGGCAUAGAGGAGAGGGAUAAAUACAAGAAAGCCAUCGACAUUAUCCGCCAAUCUCUGGGAAUAUCAGCCGAUAUGCAAGACAUUGAUGAGUGCUUUAUACUGAGGCAUCGAGGAAAACCUGAUUCUUCAACGGUUUCUCAAGCGGUCACUGAUAGGCAUUCUCUCAUUGUGAGAUUGACAACGUGCAGAAUGAGGGAUGAAAUCAUGAGGGAAUGGAGGAAGCGUAGAGCUAAGGAUGGUGUAAAAUAUUCGUCUGUGUCUGAUGGAGAGAGGAUGCUAAUGAUCCGUGAGAGACUGCCCAAAGCUUCGAAAGCUCUGAUGGAUGCAGCCAGAAAUCACGCCAAGAAGUUCAACUGGAGAUACGUGUGGGUCAAGCGAGGUCGAAUUUUCCUACGUAAGGCGGACGGCGAGCGGGCGAUAUGGGUGCGCUCUUGUACAGAUUUAGAGGGACUUCAAUAGGACAAUUUUUCAUCGCUGAUGCUGCAUCCUGUGGAGCCGCACGAUGUACUGGGUCAUAGUGUAGUUGUAAGCUAAGAAAGUUCAUUAUUUCAUUCAGAAUUUUUCUCUCCCUCUCUCUUGAGUUGAUCUCAUUUCUAUGUUAGACUUUGCUAUAUGAAUUGAAAUUUUUGAAAUUUAUGAAACUUUCAUUCUCUCAUUUAAGUUAAUUUUUUUUCUCUGAUUCUCCAAUAAUUAUUUUUUCCCUAUCAUUUAUUUUGCCUAAAGUAAAUUAAUUCUUAUUUGUUGUUUUUCUUUAAUUUGUAUAAUUCUUUUCUUUCCUCAUUUUUGCACUAUCUUAUCUUUCAUUCUCUUACUCUUUUUUGUACUACAUUGUAUUUCAAAUAUUUUUCUCCCUCUCAUAUUAUAUAUUAUAUAUUAUUUUGUAUUCACUUAGAAGAUAUGGCACUUAAUGUAAUGAUGCAAAACAUUCGCAGUAUGCGUAGAAAUUUUGACAGCUUUUGUGCUCAUAUGAAGAGUCUCGAUCUUAACCCUGAUAUCAUAAUUUUCACAGAAACAUGGAUUCUAAGUGGGGAGCUCGGUCUCUUCCGGAUUGAGGGAUAUAAUUGCAUGGCAAAUUGUAAUUCUUCCUACCGGGCUGGGGGUGUGGCUGUCUUUAUAAAGGAUACCUUACAGUGUGUUGGGCACAGGAGUGUCUCUUUGUCCUCAGCGGACUGCCUUUUUUUGAAUAUAAAAUGUGAAUCUUCCCAUGAUUUGAAUUGAUCUUCAAUGAGCCUACUCGUAUUGCUCAGAGAUCGUCAACCUGUAUUGACCUUGCCUUCUGUGGAGUGAACUUUGAUAGUUCUUCUAUAUCGCAUAAUAUUGUCCAUUGUUCAAUUACGGACCACUCUCUGGUAGCUCUUAAGCUUCAUAAUCUAAAAAUUGUUAAAUCUAACAACACUGAGUCUAAGGAAAUUGUCAGAAUUGACUAUAAAAAGCUGAGAGAAUUGCUUGUAUUGGAAUCAUGGCACAGCGUUUACACCUCUUCUGAUCCUUCGGAGGCUUUUGGGACCUUCACUGAAAAAUUAUGUUCUCUGAUAUCAUCUUGUGAAUCUAAAGUGAAAUUGAAUAAACCUGAUGUUUUGCGCAAACCAUGGAUGACUCAAGAGAUUAAUUUGCUGAUUAAAAAGAAGAAUAGAAUCUAUAAAAAGUUGUCUAAGCAUCCACAAUGUGAACGCUUGCGAUCUGU